CUCGGUUUUUUGGUUUUGGGUUUCGUUUCUUUCCUCACAAUCAACCACCGUUUUUGGUUUUCACGUAAACCUUCUGUGAGUUUAGAGAUCGAAAGUUUCUCGCAUUUUAUUCUGUUUUCUCUGGCCCUUUGCUUCUUCAUUUUCCUUGCUUUUCCCCUAAUGGUUAUGGAGGAUAACGAGAGCUGUGGGAGUAGAGCGAACGACUCGACGCCGGCGCAGAGUCGGAAACAGAGGCAAAAGUUUGAGGUUUACAAUGAGGUUCUCCGGCGUCUGAAGGAUUCCAACAACCAGGAGGCCAUUCAGCCUGGUUUUGACGACGAGUUAUGGACUCACUUCAAUCGCCUACCCACUCGAUAUGCUCUCGACGUAAAUGUGGAGAGGGCAGAAGAUGUUCUCAUGCAUAAAAGGUUAUUGCAAGUUGCUCACGAUCCUGCAAAUCGACCUGCAAUUGAAGUCCGCCUAGUGCAGGUUCAUGCCAUUUCUGAUGGGAAUUCAGCUGAUUUUGCUGAUUCAUAUCCUGUAAAAGAUGCUGAUCACAAUUCUGCAAAUUUUUUGAGCAGACAGAGCAUACAUCCACCACCUGCCUUUGGGUCAUCUCCUAACCUCGAGGCCCUCGCCCUUGAAGCUAAUAAUGCUCAGGAUCUGGAGGUGGAUCAUUCUGUACAUGCCAGAACACAGUUUUUUCGGCCGAUGCAUGAAAUAACUUUCUCAACGGAUGAUAAGCCGAAACUUCUCAGUCAGUUGACUUCCUUGCUUGCGGAGAUUGGGCUGAACAUCCAGGAGGCACAUGCAUUUUCCACUGUUGAUGGCUUCUCCUUGGACGUUUUUGUAGUUGAUGGUUGGCCCUAUGAGGAGACAGAGAGAUUGAAGACUGCCUUAGAGAAGGAAGUCUUACAGGUUGAGAGGCAGGCUUGGCCAAACCAUAAAUCCUCAUCUCCUGUAGGGGAACGUGAUAUAACAAUUAAAUGCGAGCCUGAUCGGGUGGAAAUACCCACGGAUGGGACUGAUGUAUGGGAAAUUAAUCCUAGACAUCUGAAGUUUGAGCAUAAAGUUGCAUCUGGGUCGUAUGGGGAUCUGUAUAAAGGUACGUACUGCAGUCAGGAAGUGGCUAUUAAAGUCCUCAAACCAGAACGUGUGAAUUCAGACAUGCAAAGUGAGUUUGCCCAGGAGGUAUACAUUAUGAGAAAAGUCAGGCACAAGAAUGUUGUACAGUUUAUAGGUGCAUGUACCAAGCCCCCAAGCCUGUGCAUUGUAACAGAAUUUAUGUCUGGCGGUAGUGUCUACGACUAUCUACAUAAACAAAAGGGCACUUUUAGGCUUCCAUCUUUGCUCAAGGUAGCCAUUGAUGUCUCCAAGGGAAUGAACUACUUGCACCAAAAUAAUAUAAUUCACAGAGACCUAAAGGCUGCCAAUCUUCUGAUGGAUGAAAAUGAAGUUGUCAAGGUUGCUGAUUUUGGUGUUGCCAGAGUAAAAUCUCAAUCAGGAGUUAUGACAGCAGAAACUGGGACGUAUCGGUGGAUGGCUCCUGAGGUUAUAGAACAUAAACCAUAUGAUCACAAGGCCGACGUUUUCAGUUUCGGAAUUGUCUUGUGGGAGUUGCUUACUGGAAAGCUACCUUAUGAAUUCCUAACUCCAUUACAAGCUGCGGUCGGAGUCGUCCAAAAGGGUUUGCGGCCUACUAUUCCGAAGCACACGAAUCCCAAACUGGCUGAGUUGCUGGAAAGAUGUUGGCAGCAGGACCCCUCAUCUCGGCCUGACUUCUCCGAAAUUAUCGAGAUAUUGUUGCAGAUAGCGAAGGAAGUUGCAGAAGACGGUGAGGACCGACGAAAGGAGAAGAGUGGAGGAUUCCUUUCCGUGUUGAGAAGAAAUCAUCACUGAUAAGUGAGAAAGAAGGCCGUUGGCAAUUUUAACAUUGUUGGCUAAUCUCCAACCUUGUCUGUCAUGUAUAGUAAUUUGUCACCACAACAUUUUACUUUUAACUUUUCCCCCCCUUUCAUUUCCCUUUCCUUUUUCCUUCAUUUAUUUCUUCUAUCAAUUUUUCUAACCGAUUAAUUGUUUCCCUUCGUGGUAAUAGUUUGAAGUUUUCUUCCUUUUUAAUAUUUCUUCCAUUAAAGGUGUUAUAGUUGUGAUGAGUCGCAGCUUUUAUAAUAAGGAUUUUUAGAUACCUUUUUUUUUUUCAUUUUUUCUUUUUUUCAGUUUUAAUUAUCUCUCGAAGGACUUCAUCAGCAAUUUUGUAUUGGGCAAUGGCAAUACAUCCAUGAAAAUCAUCUA